GCGCUACGACGCUGCGCGUCAGGGGUGGGAGAGAGUACUACAGGGUGAAAGUCUGUGUUAUGAGUAAGUAUUUGGGAUAGGUAGCUGAGUGACGAUGCGUCGUUCUUAUUGUACAAGAGUCUGUUAUCCUGCCUAUAUUGUACAGUCUAUGUUGUCGGCUGAUUAGUGGCCGCUACUGGUAGUGAGUACUACAUUUAUGCCAGCGCCUCCUCUGACGUGCUCUGUCCGUGCCGUAUCGUCGUUCGCCGUAUUGAAAGAAGACAGAACAGGCGACUGAGUCGGAGUAGACGACGUUUACGAUAUCAUAGGUUGUUGCUUUGCUGAUCGCCCCGUAUACUGUUGUCGUCUCUCUUUACAGUAAGCGAAUUGUCGCUGAUCCGUGCUGCCUCGUCCAUUGCCAAUUCGUAUUGCCCGAUAGGAGACCGCGGUCAAUUUAGAAUAAAACGACUAUGCCUCAACACGGGAAACAACAACAACAGCAUGAACGUUAGUUGUAACAAGAUUUCGUGAGUAAUAUAGCUUCAACGAAAAAAAAAACAAACGCGAUUUUAUAGAAAUAUCACUGAACGACCUCAUCAGGAGAGGAACAUGGUAGUUAACAUUCUGCAAGUGACGAGAGAGUUUUAAAUUCUGAAAAGGCUCUGACAAGCGAAUAAUAGUCAUGGUGAUCGUGGUCGAGGAAGUGAAAUUUUGAACAGUGAGUUGAAAGAGUGGUAUUCGACGCUACAGUACAGUGUCCGCUUUUUCGCGGUCGGCGGUUACUGUCAAAGGGAAAGGACACAUUUCAUGUUAUCACAUUUUUGUUGUUAGGACCAAAAACGAGAUUGUAUUCCCUAUGUUAAAUGAUUGCUCGAGAACCGAGAAGAAGGAAGUCAUUACCGAUCAACAGAUAGAAGGAAAGAUCAAUUGACAUAGUGUCUAUCGCAAUCGUCUCAGCGAACUUCGACGGUGCACCAGAAAAAACGUCUACGAAUCAGCUGUAUAUGAUGUGUCUGUUUUUGUAAUAAAAUGUACAGAACAGCAGGGCAUUAAUUCAUGCCUCUUACAUUCUUAUAUAUGUGCAUGUGCGCGUGCCUACCUGUGAGAGUUUUCAUGCGACCUGAAAGAAAUACUGUGAGAAUUUCUGUAAAACAGUUGUUCUUUACCAAAACUGCGUGAUUUGAGAACAUCGGCUUGAUUCAGGUCGAUUUAGCUAAUCAACUGUUGUUUAUCAGGUAAUAGGUUUAACUGUGCAUUGUUUAGGUCGUUAGCGGAAUCAAGGUAGGACCGCCUAUAGCAGCAAAAAUAAAAAGAAUCAGUUUCGAAUUGAAUAAACUAGUAAUAACCACAAAGGCUACAAGGCUCUAGUGUAGAGAAGAAGUGAGGGCCUGGCGUUGAUUGUUUCGUGCAGCGGCCAUUCGCUUAUUUAGUUUUUGUUAGUGCCUGUCAUUGGCGGACGAAAUUGAUAAGCACCUCCAGUGAAGGAAUCAUGGAGGUGGUCACCGGGCAGUUGCCUAGCAGUCCGUCAGUUAUCGAAUGGAGUUCGUUCAGCCUUACCCACGUCCAAUACCCUAAAGGUGAUAGUCUUGGGAAGCUAUUGGCGUUCAUCUCACUGUCCCCAUUGGGGAUUGCCGUUUGCAUGCUCACGCUCAUCCUUUUUCGCAGAGAUUUGCACACGAUAACGUUUUCUUCCGGUAUACUCUUAAAUGAGGUAAUGAACUACACGUUGAAGCACUUAAUUCGGGAACCUCGACCUUUGAAGCGACAGGAAGAGAUGACCGUGGAGUUUGGGAUGCCUUCAAGCCACUCCCAGUUCAUGUGGUUUGUGGCAACCUAUCUCAUGUUUUUUAUCACCUUCAGGCUGCAUCAUGGUUCCAAUAAUAACUCCGUGUGGGAAGGUGUUUGGCGGCAUCUAUUGAUCGCUGGAGGUUUUUUUUGGGCAGGAGCUGUUGCGGCAUCGCGCGUCUAUCUUGAGUACCACACGUUAGCCCAGGUGAUGGCUGGAGGAGCAUUGGGAGCUUUGGCCGCGUGCGCCUGGUUCGCAUUAACGCACUGCGUUUUCACACCACUAUUCCCCUAUAUCUGCUCAUGGCGAAUCAGUGAGUUGCUGCUGCUGCGAGAUACGACGCUGAUUCCUAACGUGAUGUGGUUCGAGUACACGUCCUAUCGACAAGAAUCCAGAACAAGACAACGAAAGCUGACUUCAAUGAAAUCUCAAUAGAAAAACUUUCUCCACUCGGCCUUAACGAAAAACUUAUUUAAGAAAUUUGGAAGCUUUCGAAAAAGCCACCGAACCUUGGCCAACUGAGUUCGCAUUAAAAACGAGACCGAACGACAACCUGUUCAACAAGGUUUUUUUUACCUGAAACUAGGGAAAAGGCUGUCAAACCGUGAUCAAGGUCUCAAAAGUCAAAACAACCGGUCAAAGGGAUUUGUUACGAUCAUUUAGAGAAACUCUGGGGCCGUCUGGAGAGGGAUAUUACAUAUGAAUAGGAAGAUUUUCUUGACAAAUUACAGCCAUUCGAGAAAGAAUAGCUGAGAGACAAGAGAACCGGUUGACUUAAGAGCUUAACUCAAAAAUGGAAAGGACAUUCCAUCCUCAAUUGCAAAUGCAUAAAUACAAAGCAACACUAACUGCUAUAAUAUAUAGAAAUAACGAUUGAAUAUUGGCGAAUAAAGCAUGUUAGUUCUACGUGGGAGAAGUACAAGAUGUCGGUAUCAUGGAUACUGUUUAAGAAAAAUAAUCAAUCGACCUUGGUUUCAGUAUAGUUCUAAUUAAAUGUGAAAAGCCAUUGUAAUCUUAGAAUAAGCAAGAUGUAAGAGAACCAAACGUAUAGUCGUCACGCUUGUAAAUUAGAUACUACUAGGACAUAAAUUACCUUGGAAUGAAUAUCUACUCUGCAUGUUAGCGAGAACCAUAAAAAUGUAUUAGACAUUUUUAAUAACAUCCGAAGUGUUGUCUAGUUUUAUGUAAUGUAGAGAGUUGUACUCAAUAUACCGCAGGUAGUAACACUCGAGUAAUUAUUGAGUGAAUUGCAAUGCUACUCUAAAGGACAUCGAGUGGAACUGUCUAAUAUAAUUUCUUAAGAAUUCGCGAUAUUGUUAAAGAAAGUUAAGGUCUAUUUACAGAGAAAUAUACUUACCUGACUUCAUAGUGUUGUGCCAGUUCGUUUUAUAAGUUUUUUUUCUCGCAAAUGUUGAAUACUCUUUUUUUUUUUAUCUAUUGAAGUGUUUUUCGUAGAGAAGUAACACGUAAAGUUACUUUUGGACUCUGAAUAUCUUGAAAAUGCCCCGUAACAGUAAAUAAUACCAAGACUUGCUGCCAUAAUUAUCCUUAAAAAUUAUCCAAAAAUUUUCCUUAAUAAUUGUUCUCUAUUUUUUUACGGUUCUAUUGACGAUUUGCAACAACGUACCAUCACAGUAGUAAACAAGACCAUCUGGUACAACUAUACUCGCAGAUUCACGCAUUCCUUAACGCCGACAUGAGAAACUAUGCGCUUCGGCACUGGAGUAUAGUAAAAUUUAAAAAAUAUCAUCGAGCUUAUGUAGUACUGUGAUCUGUGAAUACGCGGAAAACUUCGUUAGUAAGCUACUGUAAAGACCCUCAAUCUUUUCGUCGAAUACGUUAAUACAACUUAGCUUUGGCAUUUGACGUUAAGUAUAACUGUAUGAGACCAUUACAAACGUACGUUUUAUCUUCUACUUUAAACAAGAAAAAACCGGGUAAUUACACUUGGUAUUUAUUGCUUGUUCAUGUCAUUUAAUUAUCGAAACGGUUAGCGGCAUCGCGGUUCAGCUUAACCGACUUGUCAUAACCGCAAGUGCUACGACAACGUACCGUUCAUUCAAACACUUCUAAAACUACUACACUUCACUACCAUCUAAAAUAUACAUACCCUUUUGUUUCAGCGCGGGUAUUACUUUCGAACUAUCUUAAAUAUGGCAGGUCCUUGAUCCAUAAAUUAAGUAUGGAAUAAAACCGCAGAAUGUUUCACAAAAGGAUGCGCAAGAAUAUAUAUCUGGUCUGAUUGCAGGACAUUUCUGACCAACUCUACAACCACUUAUUAAUAAUGGGUAACUGCAGUUUUGAUAUGUACUUACGUAGAUUACAUCAAUGCCUAUAAUAUCACUGACUUUAUUUUUUUUUUGUACAAGUACAAAAUAGUAGAAAAGCUUAUUAGUACCCCUUUUGUACUAUUCUUAAAUGUAUACGUAUUUCUAUUGUUUACCGUUUUUCCUACUAAAUCCAGCGACUAUACGAAAAGGAGAAAAUUAAAACAGAUAUAAUAUAAACAGUCGAGAGUCAAACGGGAAAGCUAGCGUUUUCGACUUCGAUCUAUAGCAGUGUGUUGAGAGCUUCAGUAGUCAUUUAGGACUAGUGGAAGCAUCAGACAGAAGUAUGUACUGCAAUGUAUCUCAUUCGAUGUAGAUAAACAUGCUACAGAAUUAGAGAAUCGUCACAAAGAUAUUUAUCAGACACAGAAUGCAGGAGAGCUAGAGCAAAUUUAGCAGUAAAAUAGUAAACUAGUAAAAUUCGAUAAAUCAUGUGAUGGUUAAUGACUUAAAGGACACUAUUAACGAUAACGAAGUUAGACUUAUGUUCAAGAUAUGAUAUAGUAAUUAGAGCUAAAAUGAAGAAUGAAGGGUUACCGAAUAGUGCAAUGAUCAUAGGUAUAUACGAAUGCAGGUAUUAUUAUUAAUUAUUCCUAUUAUACUACAGAAACGGAGAUCGAGUGUAAUAAAUGGCAUGAGGUCUGUGCAUUGUAUUCGUCUACAAACUGCUUGAUGAAAAUUGUUCAAAAAACGAAAACGAGAGUAACAUUGAAUAAGGGAAAUAGAAAAAGCUAUUUAUUAUAUGAUGGUCACACAACGAUAGAAUGUGUAAUAAUGAAAUGAUGCAAUGUAAAAUGAGAAGAACUGCAGAAACUGAUGGAACACGGUGAAUGAAUUGAUUCUUGAAUGAAUACACGGAUAGUUGUUUGUAUAGGUAUUAUGAAGAAUGAAAGGGUUCAGUAAUGGAAGAGAAGAAAUGUACACGACAACCCUUCCUUCACAAACCUUCAACUUGUACCUCGCAGUGUUUCAUAUUUAACUUCUUACGCCAUCGUAGCGGACUAGAGACACGGAAAGAAUAUUUCCUGUAUGCACAGUCGCCCGUUUUACUUUACAAGUUGAGAAGAAUUUUUUUAUCGUCUGUCAUCACGAGUCGAAUAAGCUAAAUUCUAAAUCGAAAUUUAACGACGGUCAAGUGAAUCUGGGCAAACACAGGAAAACUGGUUUUUAUUGCAUAUGGUGUCGGAUUAGAAUUUCUGCGAAAUAUAAGCGUAGUCAGUACUUCUUAUUUGAUUCGUAAGAAUACUUCCACGAUGCUAAUAAAAGCGAACUAUUACUGCUGGCAGAACCGUGACGAUAUCUAUCAAGAAGAUAGUAAAAGUUUGAAGGGAGAAGAAAAUAAGGAAAAAGAUAAUUAGUCUUGUCAAACGUAUAAUGCAAAUCUAAAUCUAACUCUGUUCAGUCAUUAAAAAUCGAUGUUAAUUAUGGUGAUUAUAUAACAUGAAAGUAUAUGUAAUUAUCAAUUAGCGGCAGCAUAAUAUAGGGAUGCUAUGGACGCAGUGACGAUACACAAGAUUGGAAAUUGAGAAAAUAAUAAAAUUCUUAUCAUAGAAUCAUACUGAUGGUGCGGUCGUGACAAAAGUCAUAGACCUGCACAUGCUAAUUAUAGAUUCACCAUGGGAUCAUGACAAUAAGGUGAAAAACAGCCAUUUCAUUAUAAUAAUCAUUACUAAUCUCUCUCAAUAGAGUUUUCGCUAUUUAAGUCGCUAAAGAUAAGGCAGAUAAAGAAGAUCCGUUGGCAUAAUUCAUAUUUUAUUAUUAUUUGGCGAUAAUAUUGGCGAAACUAAUAAUAUUUCGAGCUUGUUAUCGAAUCUGGUCAAGAGUAAAUUGGAAAAUGUGUGUUUUUAUUAUACAUCGCUUUUAAUGAAAAUAUUAGUAGGCUCUUGCGGCCGAAGUGUAUUGAUAGUAAAUAAAGGAUGCUGUUAGUGGUGAUUAUAUAUCGUAGUAGAGCAUGGCGAUGUAAACCAGAUAAUGAUUACGAGCUGAUAUUGCAAAGCUAAUGCUGACAAAAUAAUGGGACAACAGGGCGACGACUGAAACAAAUUUAAAUACACAGACAGAUAUACACAAACGCCUAUAAACAGAUACAAGGGUAAUAGCUUUGGUUUUGUAUAUAACGGUGAUGAUAAUGAUAAUAAACUUAUUAUAAUGUUAAACUCUA